AUGAGCAGCAGUGAAUUUGAAGUUCACAAUGAUGCCACGGCGAGAAACGAUAAAUGCCCCAUCGUCCCAGGAGACAUUCAGAUUCUGGCUGUGUUUACAAAGAUUAGCCAGCUGGUGUCACAGGUGGCCGCAAGUCAAGUAGUCCCACUGCGCGCCGAAAACUCUCCUCUGCACGUUUUCCUGAAGUUCGUUAAUAAAGAGGGGUGGGAAAUGGGCGACACAGGGAGGAGGGGUAGAUGCAAUGCUGCAGUUACCGCUGCACUCCACCACUGUCCUCGGUCAAAGCGACUUGGCGGGAGCGUCCCUCCUCCAAGCGUGGCGGCCGGUGGCUGUAGCGGGCUUUUUACUCUGGCGGCGGUGAAUGACGAGCAGCCGCAAGGCGCGAAGCGACGGCGGUUCUUCAGCACGCGCGUGCGCGCACCCAGAGGUCGUCCAUCAUAUAUGGCGCGCGCGCGGCUCCGCGAUCCGUCGGUUGCUGCCGCUGGCGGAGGGGGGUUUGGGGACGUCUGGAAGGCCUCCUCCUCACCACCACCAGAAUCCAUUGGCCUCCUGCCGAGCCGUCCAGCUGCAGUGGGGACGGCUGCCCAGGAGGGCUUUCAACACACCCUCUCUUUUCUGGAUGACGGCAACCAGAUGUUCCUCAGGUGCAGCUCGGACGCCGGAGUAGGAUUCUCUGCUUCCAUUGAUUUUGCUGACACAAAAGAUAAAGUGCUGGUGUUUUUCAAGCUGCGACCUGAAGUAAUUACUGAUCAGAAUCUACAUAGUAACAUUCUUGUUUCAUCUAUGUUAGAAUCACCUAUAAAUUCUCUCUAUCAAGCCGUGCGGCAAGUAUUUGCACCAAUGUUGUUAAAGGAUCAGGAAUGGAGCAGAGACCUUGAUCCCAAACUUCAGAAUCUUUUGAGUGAACUAGAAGCUGGGUUGGGCGUAGUUCUACGAAGAUCAGACACUAACUUAUCAAAAUUGAAAUUUAAGGAAGAUGACACACGAGGUAUUCUUACACCAAGUGAUGAGUUCCAGUUCUGGGUGGAAGAAGCUCAUCGUGGAAGUAAACAGAUUAGCAGAGAGAGAGCUGGCUAUUUUAAGGAGCUGUUUGAAACCAUCGCAAGAGAGUUCUAUAACUUGGACAGUCUAUCCUUACUGGAAGUGGUUGACUUGGUGGAGACCACCCGGGAUGUUGUAGAUGAUGUGUGGAGACAAACAGAGCACGAUCACUUUCCUGAGUCACGGAUGUUACAUCUCUUAGAUGUCAUAGGUACUGGUAAAGAAGUCUUGGCUGUUAGAACAAUUCAUGAGAAGCUUCUUUAUUUUUUACCUGCCAGUGAAGAGCAAAUGAUAUGCCUGACUCGAGUAUUUGAACCCUUUACCGGCCUGAAUCCUGUGCAUUAUAAUCCAUAUACUGAGCCUUUAUGGAAAGCUGCAGUGUCUCAGUAUGAAAAAAUUAUUGCACCUGCGGAACAGAAGAUAGCAGGAAAAUUGAAAAUUUAUAUUUCAGAAAUUCAGGACAGCCCACAGCAGCUUCUUCAAGCGUUUCUGAAAUACAAAGAGCUGGUGAAGCGUCCAACUAUAAGUAAAGAAUUGAUGUUAGAAAGAGAAAUUUUACUGGCAAGACUUGUGGACUCAAUAAAAGAUUUUCGAUUAGACUUUGAGAAUCGAUGCCGAGGAGUUCCUGGUGAGGCGUCUGGACCGCUUGCUGGCAAAAACCUGUCGGAAGUUGUUAAUAAUAUAGUUUGGGUUCGCCAGUUGGAACUGAAGGUGGAUGAUACUCUCAAGAUUGCAGAGGCUCUUUUAUCUGACUUGUCAGGAUUUCAAUCUUUCCAUCGAGCUGCCGAAGAUCUGUUAGACCAGUUUAAACUGUAUGAACAAGAACAAUUUGAUGAUUGGUCCAGGGACAUUCAGUCCGGUUUGUCUGAUUCCAGAUCCGGCUUGUGCAUCGAGGCUAAUAGUCGAAUUAUGGAAUUGGAUCCUAGUGAUGGAUCAUUAAAGGUGCAUUAUUCAGAUCGGUUGGUGAUUCUCCUGAGAGAAGUUCGUCAGCUUUCUGCUCUUGGCUUUGUUAUUCCUGCCAAAAUACAGCAAGUUGCAAACAUUGCACAGAAAUUCUGCAAGCAAGCAAUUAUUCUUAAACAAGUGGCACAUUUUUACAAUUCCAUCGAUCAACAAAUGAUUCAAAGUCAGAGACCAAUGAUGUUACAAUCCGCAUUAGCAUUUGAACAGAUAAUUAAGGUCGUCUUUCUCAUGAACAUUGAUCUGCUUCGGCAGCAGCAGCGUUGGAAAGAUGGAUUACAAGAACUGAGAACUGGCUUAGCGAGCGUAGAAGCCCAGGGGUUCCAGGCCGGUGACAUGCGUGCGUGGAAGCAGCACUGGAAUCACCAGCUGUACAAAGCCCUCGAACACCAGUAUCAGAUGGGCCUGGAGGCACUUAAUGAGAACCUGCCAGAAAUAAGCAUAGACCUAGUGUACAAACAGGGACGGUUACAAUUCAGGCCUCCUCUUGAAGAAAUCCGGGCUAAAUAUUACAGAGAAAUGAAGAGGUUCAUCGGCAUUCCUAAUCAGUUUAGGGGAGUGGGUGAGGCCGGAGAUGAGUCUAUUUUUUCUGUUAUGAUUGAUAGAAAUGCAAAUGGAUUUUUGACUAUUUUCAGCAAAGCAGAAGAUCUGUUUAGGAGACUAUCAGCUGUUUUACACCAACAUGAGGAAUGGAUCGUAAUUGGACAAGUUGAUAUGGAAGCUCUAGUGGAAAAACAUCUCUCUACAGUCCAAGAUUGGGAGAAAAAUUUCAAAGCACUGAAAAUAAAAGGGAAAGAAGUAGAACGACUUCCGAGUGCGGUCAAGGUAGAUUGUUUAAAUAUUAAUUGUAACCCCGUGAAGACUGUGAUUGAUGAUCUCAUCCAGAAGUUAUUUGAUACGCUUGUUCUUUCUUUGAAGAAGUGCAUCCAGGCUCACUUACAUGAAAUUGAUGCAUUUGUAACCGAGGCUAUGGACGUCUUAACAGUUAUGCCCCAGUCUGUGGAAGAGAUUGGCGAUGCAAAUUUGCAAUACAGUAGGCUCCAACAGCGGAAACCAGAGAUUUUGCCCUUAUUCCAAGAAGCUGAAGAUAAAAACAGACUUUUACGAACUGUGGCAGGUGGAGGUUUGGAAACAAUUAGCAAUCUGAAGGCUAAGUGGGAUAAAUUUGAGUUGAUGAUGGAAAGUCACCAACUUAUGAUUAAAGAUCAGAUCGAAGUGAUGAAAGGGAACGUUCAGUCGCGUCUUCAGAUCUAUUACCAAGAAUUGGAAAAAUUUAAAGCUCGUUGGGACCAACUAAAGCCUGGUGACGAUAUUAUUGAAACUGGCCCACAAAGUACUCUUGAUAAAAGCGCCAAGUCAAUAAAAGAGAAAAAGAUGGAAUUUGAUGAUCUUGAAGUCAUAAGGAAAAAGCUGGUUGAUGAUUGCCGUCAUUUUGGCCUAGAAGAGCCCAGCUUGUCUUUGGCAGAUAGCAUCUCCAAGGACAUUGAGAGCUGUGCACAAAUUUGGGCCCUUUAUGAAGAGUUUCAGCAGAGGCUUGAGGAAAUGGCCAAUGAAGAUUGGAUUACUUUUCGGACUAAGACAUAUCUGUUUGAAGAAUUUUUGAUGAAUUGGCAUGACAGAUUAAGAAAAGUUGAAGAACAUUCGGUUAUGACAGUGAAAUUACAAUCAGAAGUUGACAAAUACAAAACCGUAAUUCCUAUCUUGAAAUACGUGAGAGGGGAGUGUCUUUCUCCAGAUCACUGGCUUGACCUUUUUCGUCUGCUUGGCCUUCCUCGGGGGACUAGCCUGGAGAAAUUAAUGUUUGGUGACCUGCUCAGAGUAGCUGAUAUAAUUGUUGCCAAAGCUUCAGACCUUAAAGAUUUAAACAGUCGGGCACAAGGUGAAGUUACAAUCAGAGAAGCUUUACGUGAACUUGAUCUUUGGGGAGUUGGAGCGGUAUUUACAUUGAUUGAUUAUGAAGACAGCCAGAGUCGAACUAUCAAGCUGAUUAAAGACUGGAAAGACAUCGUAAAUCAAGUUGGAGAUAAUAGAUGUCUUCUUCAGUCCUUAAAGGAUUCUCCUUAUUAUAAGGGAUUUGAAGAUAAAGUGUCCAUUUGGGAAAGAAAACUUGCAGAAUUAGAUGAAUACCUGCAGAAUUUAAACCAUAUUCAGAGGAAGUGGGUGUAUUUGGAGCCCAUAUUUGGCCGUGGAGCAUUGCCGAAAGAGCAGACACGCUUCAGCAGGGUUGAUGAAGAUUUUCGAUCGAUAAUGAGUGACAUCAAGAAAGACAAUAGAGUCACAACGUUAACGACUCACGCAGGAAUCAGAAAUUCGCUGCUAACCAUACUCGAUCAACUUCAAAGAUGUCAGAAAUCAUUGAAUGAAUUUUUAGAGGAAAAACGUUCAACGUUUCCAAGGUUUUAUUUCAUCGGUGACGAUGACCUGUUGGAGAUCCUGGGCCAGUCUACUAGCCCGUCAGUGAUUCAGUCUCACCUCAGAAAGCUGUUCGCCGGUAUUAACAGCGUGUGCUUUGAUGAAGAAUCAAAACAUAUAACUGCAAUGAAAUCUUUAGAGGGAGAAGUUGUACCUUUUAAAAAUAAAGUUUUAAUUUCAAAUAAUGUAGAGACCUGGUUAAAUGGUUUAGCCAUGGAAAUGAAGCAGACCUUGAAACAGUUGUUGGCGGAAUGUGUCACUGCUGCACGCAGUCCUCCAGGUGCCGUGGACCCGUCCUUGUUCCCCUCACAGAUACUGUGUUUGGCAGAGCAGAUUAAGUUCACUGAAGAUGUGGAAAAUGCUAUCCAAGACCAUAGUCUUCAUCAGAUCGAAACCCAGCUGGUGACUAAGUUAGAGCACUAUACUAGCAUCGAUACGAGUUCGGAGGAUCCAGGGGGCACUGAGUCUGGCAUUCUGGAGCUUAAACUUAAAGCCCUGAUUCUUGAUAUCAUUCAUAACAUUGAUGUGGUAAAGCAUUUAAACCAAGUUCAGGUUCAUACAACUGAAGACUGGGCCUGGAAAAAACAAGUCAGAUUUUAUAUGAAAAGUGAUCAUACUUGUUAUAUUCAAAUGGUGGAUUGUGAACUUCAGUACACUUAUGAGUACCAGGGCAAUGCUCCCAAGCUGGUCUACACGCCGCUGACGGACAAGUGCUACCUGACGCUGACGCAGGCCAUGAAGAUGGGCCUGGGCGGGAACCCGUACGGGCCGGCGGGCACGGGGAAGACCGAGUCGGUGAAGGCCCUGGGCGGACUUCUCGGGAGACAAGUCUUAGUUUUUAAUUGUGAUGAGGGCAUCGAUGUGAAGUCAAUGGGACGGAUUUUUGUUGGUUUGGUGAAGUGUGGGGCCUGGGGUUGUUUUGAUGAGUUUAAUAGACUGGAGGAGUCUGUGCUGUCGGCAGUGUCCAUGCAAAUCCAGACCAUCCAGGAUGCCCUGAAGAACCACAGAACCGUGUGCGAGCUGCUUGGCAAGGAGGUGGAAAUCAAUUCAAAUUCUGGGAUUUUUAUCACCAUGAAUCCUGCUGGAAAAGGUUACGGAGGAAGACAGAAGCUGCCUGAUAAUCUUAAACAGCUUUUCAGGCCGGUUGCCAUGUCCCGCCCAGACAACGAGCUUAUCGCUGAGGUCGUUCUCUAUUCGGAGGGCUUCAAAGAGGCCAAAGUCCUGGGCAGAAAAGUGGUAGCUAUCUUCAAUCUAUCCAGGGAACUUUUGACACCUCAGCAGCAUUACGACUGGGGUCUGAGAGCCUUGAAGACGGUUCUUCGAGGAAGCGGAGGCCUUCUUAGACAGCUGCAGAGAGCCGGCGGGAAACACAAAGUUGAUGAAAGUCAUAUUGUGGUACAAGCAUUGAGGCUUAAUACAAUGUCAAAGUUUACAUUUGCUGAUUGCGCACGGUUUGAUGCACUGAUUAAAGAUGUAUUUCCUGGGAUCGACUUUAAAGAAGUAGAAUAUGAUGAGCUCAGGUCUGCGUUACAGCAUGUCUUCGAGGAAGCCAAUUAUGAAAUCAUACCAAAUCAGAUCAAGAAGGCUUUAGAAUUAUAUGAGCAGUUACGCCAGAGGAUGGGAGUGGUCAUUGUUGGUCCAAGUGGUGCUGGAAAGUCAACCCUUUGGAGGAUGUUAAGGGCAGCACUUUGUAGAAUUGGCAGAGUGGUGAAACAGUACACCAUGAACCCCAAAGCCAUGCCUAGACAUCAGCUGUUAGGCCACAUUGACAUGGACACACGGGAAUGGUCGGACGGCGUUUUGACAAACAGCGCUCGCCAAGUCGUUCGGGAACCUCAAGAUGUCAGCUCAUGGAUAAUAUGUGACGGCGAUAUUGACCCUGAAUGGAUAGAAUCUCUGAAUUCUGUUCUGGAUGACAAUCGACUCCUCACUAUGCCCAGUGGAGAAAGGAUUCAGUUCGGCCCAAAUGUUAACUUUGUGUUCGAAACUCAUGAUUUAAGUUGUGCCUCGCCAGCCACAAUAUCUAGAAUGGGCAUGAUCUUUCUUAGCGAUGAAGAGACAGACGUUAAUUCUCUGAUAAAAUCUUGGUUGAAGAAUCAGCCUCCUAGUUAUAGGAAUAAUCUUGAGAGCUGGAUUGGAGAUUACUUUGAAAAGGCUUUACAGUGGGUUCUGAAGCAGAAUGACUAUGUGGUUGAAACCAGUUUGGUUGGGACUGUGAUGAAUGGUUUGUCACAUCUUCGUGGAUGCAAAAAUCAUGAGCAGUUUGUUAUUAGUCUCAUACGGGGGCUUGGUGGAAACCUGAACAUGAAAUCCCGCCUGGAGUUCACCAAAGAGGUUUUUACUUGGGCACGAGAGUCUCCUCCAGACCCUCACAAACCGAUGGAUACCUACUAUGACUCAGGUCGGGGGCGACUAGCAUCUUAUGUGCUGAAGAAGCCGGAAAACUUGACUGCCGAUGAUUUCAGCAACAGCCAAACUCUCCCCGUCAUUCAGAUUCCUGACAUGCAGCGAGGCCUGGAUUAUUUCAAACCCUGGUUAAGUUCUGAUACUAAACAGCCAUUUAUUCUUGUAGGACCAGAAGGAUGUGGCAAAGGGAUGCUGCUGAGACACGCCUUUUCCCAGCUCCGGUCCACUCAGAUCACCACGGUUCACUGUAGCGCACAGACCACGCCUCGACACCUCCUGCAGAAGCUGAGCCAGACUUGCCUGGUGAUCAGUACCAACACCGGUCGAGUGUAUAGACCGAAAGACUGCGAAAGACUUGUUUUGUACUUGAAAGAUCUCAACCUGCCCAAGCUGGAUAAGUGGGGGACCAGUGCUUUGGUUGCUUUCCUACAACAGGUAUUGACAUAUCAAGGAUUUUAUGAUGAAAAUUUGGAAUGGGUUGGUUUAGAAAAUAUUCACAUUGUGGCUUCCAUGUCAGCUGGAGGAAGACUGGGAAGACAUAAGCUUACCACCCGAUUUACUUCUAUUGUCCGUCUCUGUGCUGUGGAUUACCCAGAAAGAGAGCAAUUACAGACAAUCUAUGGAGCAUAUUUGGAACCAGUUCUAUAUAAAAAUCUGAAGAAUCAUCCUAUUUGGGGUUCUUCAUCAAAAAUCUAUCUCUUAGCAGGGUCUAUGGUACAAGUGUAUGAACAGGUACGGGCCAGAUUUACAGUUGAUGAUUAUAGUCACUAUUUGUUUACUCCGUGCAUCCUUACCCAGUGGGUUCUUGGCUUAUUCAGAUACGAUUUAGAAGGAGGGUCCUCAAACCAUCCACUAGAUUAUGUGUUAGAAAUCGUAGCGUAUGAAGCACGGCGCUUAUUUCGUGACAAAAUUGUUGGUGCAAAGGAACUUCAUUUAUUUGACAGCAUUUUAACAUCAGUGUUUCAAGGAGAUUGGGGCUCAGAUAUAUUAGAUAAUAUGGCAGACAGUUUCUAUGUUACGUGGGGAGCCCGACACAGUUCAGGAGCAAGGCCAGCCCCUGGGCAGCCCCUGCCUCCACACGGAAAACCGCUUGGGAAACUGAGCUCUGCAGAUCUCAAGGAUGUUAUUAAGAAGGGCCUUAUUCAUUAUGGACGAGAUAACCAGAUGUUAGAUAUUUUACUUUUCCAAGAAGUCCUGGAGUAUGUGUCCAGGACAGACAGAGUGCUGAGCUGCCCCGGGGGCUCCCUGCUGCUGGCGGGACGCAGCGGGGUAGGCCGCCGCACCGUCACGUCCUUAGUGAGCCACAUGCACGGGGCCAUGCUGUUUUCUCCGAAGAUCUCCAGAGGGUAUGAACUGAAGCAGUUCAAAAAUGAUAUCAAACAUGUGCUGUAUCUUGCUGGUGUGGAAGCUCAGCAGGUGGUUUUACUUCUUGAGGACUACCAGUUAGUCCAUCCCACCUUUCUGGAGAUGAUCAACAGCCUCUUGUCUUCAGGUGAAGUUCCUGGACUUUAUACCCUUGAAGAAUUAGAGCCUUUGCUGUUGCCUCUUAAAGAUCAGGCUUCACAGGAUGGUUUUUUUGGACCAGUCUUCAGUUAUUUCACAUACAGAAUUCAGCAAAACUUGCAUAUUGUCUUGAUAAUGGAUUGUACGAAUUUAAACUUCAUAAUAAACUGUGAGAGUAACCCAGCCUUGCAUAAAAAAUGCCAGGUGUUGUGGAUGGAGGGCUGGUCAGACAGCAGUAUGAAGAAAAUACCUGAAAUGUUAUUCAGUGAAACAGAUGGUGAAGAAAAAUAUAGUGACAAAAAAAGGAAAGAAGAAAAGAAAAAACACUCAGUUGAUCCCGAUUUUCUAAAAUCAUUUUUAUUAAUCCAUGAAUCUUGUAAAGCAUAUGGUGCUACACCAAGCCGAUACAUGACCUUCUUACGUGUGUAUUCUGCCAUUAGUAGCAGCAAGAAAAAGGAAUUAUUAAAAAGACAAAGUCAUUUGCAGGCUGGUGUGUCUAAACUGAAUGAAGCUAAAGCUCUUGUGGAUGAGCUGAACAGAAAAGCUGGCGAGCAAAGUGUGUUAUUAAAGACGAAGCAAGACGAAGCAGACGCCGCCCUUCAGGAGAUCACGGUGUCGAUGCAGGAUGCUAGUGAGCAAAAGACAGAACUUGAAAGACUGAAGCACAAGAUAGCAGAAGAAGUUGUUAAAAUUGAAGAAAGAAAAAACAAAAUUGAUGAUGAGUUAAAAGAAGUACAGCCUCUAGUCAAUGAAGCUAAACUAGCAGUUGGAAACAUCAAGCCAGAAUCUCUUUCAGAAAUUCGCUCACUGCGCAUGCCACCUGACAUCAUCAGAGACAUUCUUGAGGGUGUUUUAAGGCUGAUGGGGAUCUUUGAUACAUCUUGGGUGAGCAUGAAAAGUUUCCUUGCGAAAAGAGGUGUGAGAGACGACAUAGCAACCUUUGACGCACGAAAUAUUCCAAAGGAGAUAAGACACAGUGUUGAAGAACUUCUUUAUAAAAAUAAAGGAUCUUUUGAUUCAAAGAACGCGAAGCGAGCCAGUACUGCGGCGGCUCCUUUGGCCGCGUGGGUGAAAGCGAACAUCCAGUAUUCCCACGUCUUGGAACGGAUCCAGCCUUUGGAAACUGAACAGGCAGCAUUAGAAUCAAAUUUGAAGAAAACUGAAGACCGAAAAAGGAAGCUAGAGGAACUUCUAAAUUCUGUCGGCCAGAAAGUAUCAGAACUCAAAGAGAAAUUUCAGAGCAGGACUUCAGAAGCCGCCAAGCUGGAAGCUGAAGUGAGCAGAGCGCAGGAAACAAUUAAAGCCGCAGAAGUGCUAAUUAAUCAGCUUGACCGAGAGCACAAAAGAUGGAACGCACAGGUUGCAGAGAUAACAGAGGAAUUAGCUACUCUUCCUAAGAGGGCUCAGCUGGCUGCCGCCUUCAUUACCUAUCUUUCUGCUGCUCCUGAGGGUCUGAGAAAAACCUGCUUGGAAGAAUGGACCAAGUCAGCUUGUCUUGAAAAAUUUGAUCUAAGGAGAUUUCUUUGUACUGAAAGUGAGCAGUUAAUUUGGAAAAGUGAAGGCCUACCAUCAGAUGACCUUUCCAUAGAAAACGCUCUUGUUAUCUUACAGAUCAUUGGUUUGAAAUCAUGGAGUCGAGUAUGCCCAUUCCUUAUAGACCCUUCUUCUCGAGCUACAGAGUGGUUGAAGACACAUUUGAAAGACUCAAGAUUGGAAGUUAUUAACCAGCAGGAUAGUAACUUUAUCACAGCUCUCGAGCUGGCAGUGCGGUUUGGGAAAACCCUUAUUAUACAGGAGAUGGACGGUGUAGAAGCUGUUCUCUAUCCGUUAUUGAGACGAGAUCUGGUCGCUCAAGGGCCACGUUACGUGGUACAAAUAGGUGACAAAAUUAUCGACUACAAUGAAGAAUUCCGCCUUUUCUUGUCAACAAGAAACCCCAACCCCUUCAUCCCGCCGGACGCAGCUGCCAUCGUUACGGAGGUUAACUUCACCACCACUAGAAGUGGAUUGCGAGGCCAGUGUGUGACGAUUCUCCUUUCUCCCCAUCUGGCCAACAUCUGUCUUAUUAAUUGUAGCCAUCCUAGUGGACCUGAAAUGCUUUUGGCUUUAACUAUUCAGCAUGAGAAACCUGACCUAGAGGAACAGAAAACAAAACUGUUACAACAGGAAGAAGAUAAGAAAAUACAGUUAGCCAAGCUUGAGGAAUCUCUUUUAGAGACUCUUGCCACAUCUCAAGGGAAUAUUUUGGAAAAUAAAGAUUUGAUUGAAUCUCUGAAUCAGACGAAAGCAAGCAGUGCACUUACUCAAGAGUCACUUAAAGAAUCUUACAGACUCCAGAUUUCUCUUGACCAAGAGCGGGAUGCGUACCUUCCCCUGGCUGAGAGCGCCAGCAAGAUGUUCUUCAUCAUCUCCGACUUGGCCAAAAUUAACAACAUGUACCGUUUCAGUUUGGCUGCAUUUCUCCGACUAUUCCAGCGGGCUCUGCACAACAAACAGUUUUCAAAUUGUAAUCUACAGGAUUCCGAAAGUACAGAACGGAGAAUCCAGUCUCUUAUCAGCUCAUUAAAACAUAUGGUCUAUGAAUAUAUAUGCCGUUGUCUGUUUAAGGCUGACCAGUUGAUGUUCGCGCUGCACUUCGUUCGGGGCAUGCAUCCGGAACUUUUUCAAGAAAAUGAAUGGGAUACGUUUACAGGUGUGGUUGUUGGAGACAUGUUGCGGAAAGCUGACUCUCAGCAGCGAAUCCGCGAGCAUCUCCCGUCGUGGAUAGACCAGGAGAGGAGCUGGGCCGUAGCAACACUAAAGAUUACUCUCCCUAGUCUUUAUCAGACCCUCUGCUUUGACGAUGAAGCGCUGUGGCGUACUUACUGUCACACUUCAAUGUGUGAGCAAGAGUUUCCGUCUAUUCUUGCAAAGAAAGUUUCCUUAUUUCAGCAGGUUCUCGUGGUGCAGGCGCUCAGACCAGACAGACUGCAAAGUGCCAUGGGCAUGUUUGCCUGCAAAGCUCUGGACACGGUCACAUGCCGGGAGGUGACCGAGUCGUCAGCGCUGCGGGCGGACUCCGUCUCUAAGGACAGGGGUGCGGGGGAGUCGGGUGUGCACGGGGAGGUUGCUAUGGGUCAGGGUCAAGCCGAUUUAGCGAUUCAGAUGCUGAAGGAAUGUGCCCGCAGUGGGGACUGGCUGUGUUUGAAGAACUUACAUCUUGUGGUGUCUUGGCUGCCAGUUCUGGAAAAGUCACCUCCAGGUUUGAAGAAGAAUUUAAUGCGCACUUACGAAUCUUGGACUGCUGAGCAAAUCAGCAAAAAAGACAGCAUCCAUCGAGCUCACGCUCUCUUUAGUUUUGCGUGGUUUCAUGCUGCAUGUCAGGAAAGACGAAAUUACAUUCCACAGGGUUGGACCAAGUUUUAUGAGUUUUCUUUAUCAGAUCUUCGGGCUGGAUACAGCAUUAUUGACAGGCUCUUUGAUGGUACCAAAGAUGUUCAGUGGGAAUUUUUACACGGUUUACUUGAAAAUGCUAUUUAUGGCGGACGCAUAGAUAACUAUUUUGACCUUAGAGUUCUUCAGUCAUACCUGAAACAGUUUUUUAAUUCUUCAAUAAUUGAUGUUUCAAACCAAAGGAACAAGAAAAGUGUUUUUCCAUAUUCCAUAUCUCUCCCCAAAUCCUGCAGCAUUCUGGACUACCGUGCUCUCAUCGAAAAGCUUCCGGAGGACGACAAGCCUAGUUUCUUCGGUCUUCCUGCCAACAUUGCUCGCUCGGCCCAGCGCAUGAUCAGUUCUCAGGUUAUUUCACAGUUGAGGAUCUUGGGCAGAUCAGUAACAGCUGGUUGCAAAUUUGAUAGAGAAAUCUGGUCUAACGAACUGUCCCCUGUCCUCAAUCUCUGGAAGAAACUAAACCAGAACUCCAACCUGAUUCAUCAGAAGGUGUGUCCUCCUAACGAUCGACAAGGGUCUCCAGUACUGUCCUUCAUCGUCCUGGAACAGUUCAAUGCCAUUCGCUUAGUGCAGACCGUCCACCAGUCUCUUGCCGCUCUCAGCAAAGUCAUCAGAGGGGCUACCUUACUGAGUUCAGAAGUACAGAAAUUGGCCAGCGCUUUACUAAACCAAAAGUGUCCUGUGGCAUGGCAGAGCAGGUGGGAAGGCCCAGAAGACCCCUUACAGUACCUGAGAGGCCUCGUGGCUCGUGCCCUUGCGAUACAGAGCUGGGUAGAGAGAGCCGAGAAACAGGCUCUUCUCUCUGAUACACUUGACCUGUCAGAACUGUUCCACCCAGACACGUUUCUCAAUGCUCUUCGCCAGGAAACUGCACGGGCGAUGGGCUGUUCUGUAGAUAGCCUGAAAUUUGUAGCUUCGUGGAAAGGCCGACUGCAAGAAGCAAAGCUGCAGAUUAAGAUGGGCGGCUUGCUGCUGGAAGGCUGCAGCUUUGACGGGAGCCGGCUCGCUGAGAACCAGCACGACUCUCCCAGCGUGUCGCCCGUCCUCCCUUGCUGUGUGGGCUGGAUCCCCCAGGGUGCAUACGGUCCCUAUUCCCCUGAUGAGUGCAUAUCUUUGCCUGUUUACACGAGUGCUGAGAGGGAUCGUGUGGUGACCAACAUUGACGUUCCGUGUGGGGGCAGCCCGGACCGGUGGAUUCAGUGUGGAGCUGCUUUGUUUCUAAAAAAUCAGUAG